AUGCCUACUAAGAUUCUCCUCACUGGUGGCAGUGGGUUUGUGGCGUCUCACAUCCUCUCACUCCUGCUAGAACGUGGCCAUAGUGUCGUGACCACUGUCAGGAGUGAAGAGAAGGCAGGCCAGAUCCGACAGCGUUUUUCUGCAGUUUCCAAAUCAAAACUAGACUUCGCCAUCAAAGGAGACAUCAGUGAAGAGAAUGCCUUCGAGGCCGCUAUUAAGGCAGAUCCGCCAUUUACCAUUGUGAUUCACACCGCAUCGCCGUAUUACUAUAACCCUCAAGAUAUCCAGCGAGAUCUUAUAGACCCCGCCGUGAAAGGAACCGUGGGCAUCCUCAACUCCAUCAAGUGCAACGCUCCUUCGGUACGACGAGUCAUUCUUACAUCAUCGUUCGUUGCGGUGGCCCACGACGCACAGGGUGUCAGUUGGGACCAUACCUAUACGGCAGAAGACUGGAAUCCGGUUACUCCUGAGGAGGCUACUACCAACCCCUUUCGUGGGAUAUCGAGCAAAACCUUUGCGGAACGAGGGGCUUGGGAAUUUGUUGAAAAGGAAAAGCCAAAUUUUGAUCUCGUCACUUUUUGCCCCCCACUCGUGUUUGGCCCGGUAGCGCAUUCGCUGAAGUCUUUCGACGGUCUCAACACAUCUAACAAGCGAAUAUGGGGUAUCAUGACUGGCGGUGCUCGAAACGAGAUUCCAGAUACAGGUUUUUACCUCUGGGUAGACGUGCGAGAUCUGGCCUUGUCGCACGUCAAGGCCGCAGAAGCAGGGACAGAUGUGGCCAACAAGCGCUUCCUAGUCAUUGGGCCAGGGUAUUUCAACAACAAGGAGAUCGUUCGGAUUCUUCAUGAGAAUUUCCCAAAGUACGCAGCCGAGCACUCGCCAACUCUUUCUGCGUCUGGAGGAGUUUAUCCUGCACAGGGCUUGUACCGAUACGAUGUUGAGCCGGUGAAGAAGUUGCUUGGUGUUGACUUUCGGCCACUGGAUGACUGCAUCGUCAAUUUUGCUCGGUCUCUCGAGAACUACCCGUUCGGCGUGUCCCUGUCAUAG